AUGGUUUCCUUCUUCCCGAAACGCGAGAUCCCGGCCACUGGGCUGGAAACAUUUGCAGCGAUCAAGGUGGUUGCUGAAGAAAUGGUGGCGCAAUUUGUGGAACCAGAAAUCAGACGGCGGGUCAAACCUACCCCUCCUCCACUGCCUAAACGUCGUGGUUACAAAAUCGUCGACACCACACCUCAUGACAACAUUGGCGAGAGUACCACGACCGAAGGGGUAACAGAAGCUCCUACAGAGACUACUCCCGAAGUCACGUCAACUACAACUACCACUACAGAAACUGUCACCACAGAUACCACCACCAGCAUAGAACCACCAGAGGAAAGCAGUACUGUCAAGCCGUCGGUAUUGAUAUGUAUUGAUUACGGUAGUUAUUGUCGACUUUGGAGCAUUUUAACACUGUGUGAUAGGCCAUCGGUAAUGUCUAUGUGUGCAAAAUCGUGUCAACGAGCAUGUCGACCGUAA